AUGUCAUUAUCGGCACGAAACUGUCGACAUGCUUUUCGAUCUUUUACCAAUCUAUUUCCAUCGUUAUUCUCUUCACGUCUUGUCGGUCACUGCCGCGGAAUUUCACCAAAAGUAUUAAAUCCACUUGUGUCUUGGUCAAGCGUGAGAAGUCUGCCGGGAAAUAUUUCAUUUUCAUUUACAUCCGCCACUGAACCAACAAAGAACUACGUUACUGAUGCUCAUUACAUAACGGACAUCGAUGGGUCCAACUUGACGGGAUUAGAAAGUAUGCCCAAGAAUGUGCAACUACCGCAAGGCGGACCAAUCUCACGAUACAAUGUACUUGUUGCCUCUAGAAUGGUAAGAGAGGAUUCAUUUCAGCGUAGUAUUGUUAAUAUCCUUCAAGAUUUGCAUAAUCGAUUAGCAGAUUAUGAUCCCCCACUCAUCAUGGAUGCUCGAGAUGAUGUGAACAUAUCCAUUUUUGGCAAGAUUUCCAGAUUGUUUAAUGCGCCUUUAAAAAGAUCCUACUUUAACAGUCCCAAAGGACUGUAUCUAUACGGUGAUGUUGGAACCGGAAAAACUAUGUUGAUGGAUCUUUUCUAUGACUCCUUGCCCGUCAGACGCAAGCGCCGUGUUCAUUUUCAUGCUUUCAUGUUAGAUGUUCAUGCACGCAUUCAAAUGCUUAAGCGGACCAAUUCCGACACUUACGAUCCAAUUCCUCCUAUUGCCACUGAUCUGGCAAACAACGCUAUUGCGUUGUGCUUUGACGAAUUUCAAGUUACCGACAUAGCAGAUGCAAUGAUUCUACGGCGUCUCAUCGAUGAGCUCUUCAAUCGCGGAGUUGUGAUGGUGACCACCUCAAAUCGGCAUCCAGAUGAUUUAUACAAAAAUGGAAUUCAACGCAAUAGCUUCAUACCAUGCAUUGAACUGCUGAAGGAGCGAUGUCAAAUACAAACCCUUAACUCGGGAAUAGAUUAUCGUCAAUUGUCCAAGGAGACAACGGGUUUAUACUUUACUCCGCUAAAUGAACAAUCUAGAAUUGCGAUAGAGAAUGCAUUUAAGAGAUUGACGAGGGGAAAACCGGUUUCCGAAGAAAGAUUGAAUUUCUGGGGUAGAUCAUUGGUAGUACCCCAAGCAUGUGACGAUGUGGCCAAAUUCACCUUCAACGAACUAUGCCAUCAACCUCUGAGUGCUGCCGAUUACUUGGAACUCACUAAACGUUACAACACCAUCAUACUCUCGGAUAUACCGAGGUUGUCUUUGAGCAUGAAAAAUGAGGCUAGACGAUUUAUCACGUUUAUCGAUGCAAUGUAUGAUACAAGAUCAACGCUAAUUUGCUCAGCGGAGGUACCAGCAAAGGAUCUUUUCUUUACUGAUGAAGAUACAGAUCCUACUCACGCAAUCAACCACGAUUUAUUAGACGCCUUAGAUCUUCACGCACAUGACCACAAGUCAAUUCCGAUAUUUACCGGAGAGGAAGAAGUGUUUGCAUUUGAGAGAGCGAUUUCCAGAUUGAUUGAAAUGCAAGGGGUAGAAUGGACAAGCAAAAUGAUUUUAAAGUCAAGAGCCGCCGGUUCUCAUCCUCCUGUUGAAUACAUGGGAUGA